GACAAAAUUGAUUGAUGUUUCAGCAUCGUAUUGCAUUAAUUCCAUCUUAUAAUUCUUUGGUCCUAACAGCCUUAUCAGUUAAGAUGUGCUAUAAUAUUUGAAAUACUUGAAUUCGGGCAAAUAUUUGUUUAGGCUUCAUUUGUGUCGGACAAAAGAAGAAGUUUAAGUGCUCCUGGUAAUCAUCCACUUGGUGAGCCCAUUCCUGCAGUGACGAUAUAGCACCUCUUAAGACAGUACAUUAUAUCAUAAUGUUUAAAGCCAUCGGGGUUCUGGUGUUGGCUACUUGUCUGUUUGCAGCUUUUGUUGUACAAUCCGAACAUUUGUCAAUGGUCAGGAGAAGCACAGCAAUUGUGAGUGACAUUUAUACUUUGGACCACUUCAUUGAACUUGUCGAGAAGAUCGAAAGAAAUGAAACAAACAUCUUACGAGUAGCCAGCUACAUUCGCCUGCUCGGUUUUGACGAUGACUACUGGACCAAAGUUCUUGGUACAGCGUUGCCUCAGUUACCAGUCGGUAUUCUAACCAAUGAGGAAAAGGGGAUUUUAAAGGACAUGGUUGCACACAGGUAUGUAGGAUCAAGUGAGGUGGGCGUGGUCCGUCUACCUACAGGGGAAACCAUAGCAAUAGGACACGUGAUUAAUGGGAUCUGCGCUGGUCUUAACCGGUACACUGAGUUGUCCUUAGAGUCAUGGGCUCAAGGAGCUACUAGAAAGGUAGAUAACCUCUAUGCUGCUACGCUGGCUAAACAACUAGCAGAAACGGCCUUAGCCAAAAAGAACAAUCCYCCUAAUUCGUUCUUUGGUCCUGGUGGAUCAUGGAAUAACGAUGAGUGCCCUGCUACUUACACACGUUCCAGUGGUAUCAACUCUAAAGCAAGCGAUGCACAAUUACUUGGCGAUGUGGAUGGGCUGCUGCUAGGGUAUAACGUCCCUCAAUGGGCCAGAAAAGGGGUACGUCUAGGACAGUUGUUGAGAAUGUAUUAUUCUACUGGCGUUUGCUACGAUGAGUCGUUUGUCAGCUGCAAACGCAUCGUSAAGUACAAAAGUUUAAUAGAUGACGAUGAAGGAUUAUAUGGACAAGUCCUAGGCGUGGCUGAGGCGUUGUAUCUCAAGAACAAAGGAAGGUACCCUAAUGUCAAGAAAGAGGAUAUUUCACAGAUAUCUAAAGAAGUGGUAAUCAAGAUAGCUGACUAUCUAGAAAAUAUCCAAGGCAAUAGGAGAUGCACUAAAAAGGAGGAAGGGUGCGAACUGCCUGCCAAUCUGGUCUUUGUCAUGGAUGAGUCCACCAGCAUAAAGCCUGCUGCGUUUGAACAGCAAAAAGAGUUUGUAAGACAAAUAAUUGACGCCUUUAACAUCUCUCCCCGUCAAACUAAUGUUGCAAUUGUGGAGUUUUCAACCAAAGCAGCUGUCGACAUCGGACUUCAAGAUUAUGGCUCUAAAACGAGAUUGAAAUGUGCAAUACCCAAGCUGAAGCAGUAUGGUGGCUGGACUCAUACUGCCAAGGCUUUAAACCUUGUCAAGAACGAUAUCUUCUUACCAGCACAAAGUCGUUAUGGCGGCGAUGAAGAGGCUGACGUGUCCAAUAUCAUGAUACUGUUGACCGACGGUGAAUCGAAUGACAAAGACAGGACGGCCUUACCACGUGUUGUAAAGGAACUCAAACGAGACAUCAAAGAUUUGACCAUGAUUUCUAUUGGAGUUGGGAACAAUAUUAACAAAGAMGAACUUGAAAUGAUUGCUACUGAUUCUUCAAAGCACGUCUUUACAGCAGACGAUUUUACUGCUCUUUUACUUCUUGUGAAGAAAUUGCAGCAGAGAACAUGCACAACCCCCGUACAAAUGAACAUAGAUUUUACACAGAAUGAGAACAAUACCGUGGUAACGGCCUACGUGUUUCCAGAUAGCGUUCGAUACUUUGCUCUGGCUCCAGAGUAUUUUUAUGGUGUGCGGAACAUGGCUAUAGCGAUACAACCARUCUUUGGUUCUUUAAGUAUUUAUAUGUCACGUGUACAUGACACACCUGGACCUAAAAAUCACACUUACAAACUUGAUCCUAUUCCGGUCGGUCAAUCAAUGAACCUUUUUAUUGCUGAUCCUUGUUUAAACUACAACAGUACUACCUGUCCACCUGUCUACCUUGCCAUCUACGCCGAUAACCCAAACUGCGCAUGCACAGAACCCCAAUGUGUCGUCCCUGGUCAAAUUAAAUUCACCAUCCAAAAGGGUCAUGGAGGGGCUGGCAUUAUUCAAGGAUCCGUUCUCCUGCUUUUCUUYGCUAUUACUCUAUAUUCAUUUCUUUUAGCGUAAAUCGGAACUUGUAUAUAAACCUUUGUGCUGCUAUCGUUGAAAUUUUGUCAUGCAAUCUUUUAUCAAUGACAUUUGAUAAUGCAGGAUAAUUAAUAGUGUAGUGUAAUGAAUAUUGAGAUUUAUCUUAUUCGUACUGAUUUUCGCAAAUAAUUUAUGGGAAUGAUUUGACAAAUCUGGUUCGCGGCGUCCGCUUACGUGACAUGCGCGUGUUUCUAGAGAUGCACGAAUUGAGCAGCGCUACGCGUACAUGCGUUGCGUGAAGUGUACAUGUUGCGUAAUGUGUUGGUGUUUGUACGUUGCGUGUACAUUGCGUGAAGUGUGCUUGUUGCGUAAAGUAUGUACGGUGAAUGACAUAUUUCGGCAUAAUUACAUUAUUUAAUCAGGUAGCAUUUAUAACUGACUGAGCAAAAUGCAAAGUUGAUUAAAUAUAUCCUUAUACUA